AUCAACAUCAUCAUUACGUCUACCUGCAGCUUCUGCUUUCCUUUAUGCCGUCGACCGCGAUGUCUUGGGACGGGUACGGCGCGCAGAUCUUCCUCGCCGACAUGUCGUUCCACCACCAGGAUACCCUGGAGGCGGUGUUCCAGCAGCCUGCAGAGACGACGCUCCUGCAGGCGCCGGCGGGGGAGAAGGAGCUGCCCAGCAACGGGUCGCCGCCGGUGGUGGAUGACGCCGGCGUCCAGGCCGCGGCCGUACUACGGAAGCGGCCGUUCCGGACGGAUCGCCACAGCAAGAUCCGCACGGCGCAGGGCGUCCGCGACCGCCGGAUGCGGCUCUCGGUCGGGGUCGCGCGAGAGUUCUUCGCGCUGCAGGACCGCCUCGGGUUCGACAAGGCCAGCAAGACCGUGAACUGGCUCCUCGCCCAGUCCAAGCCGGCCAUCGACCGCCUCGUCGACGCCGCCGACCAGGCGGCUGUAGUCACAGGAGGAGGACCGACGCUGGUGAAGGGGAGAGGGGAGGGGAGCAACUCAAGCACUUGCUGUUUGACGGACUCGAGGGAGGAGCUGGCCACGGAGAAGGGAAGAAGCAGAGCCGGUGACGCCGGUCUUGAUUGGCCACCGCCUCUUAUUGAAGAACACGGCUGCGGCGAGCUGGGAUGGAUCAUGUCGGAGGCAACAGCAACGCCGGAGCAGGACGGGCUGGAGUGCUACUACCAGUAUUGCCUGCAGCUCGAGGAGUUGAUGAGAUGCAACGGCGGAAUGCCAAGGUGAUUUCUUGUAUGCUAUGCAAACGACAUGCAUAAAACAUUGUAUAUAGGUGAUUUCCAUUACGUUGCUAGCUACAUAGUACAAAUAAAUCAACUGGGUUCUAUAUCAAUCAAUAGUCAUGAGCCCGGGGUUGUGUUAUCCACUUUUGGUUAAUGGCAAGUAAUAAUCUUAUCCUAAUUAGCUAGUGCUGUUUGUCAAUUAUUCAUAUAUACUCGUGCUAA